CCAGGGGAAGGGGAGGGUCAAGGCUCAGGCAUGUAUGUGGUCAUGGGUUGAAAACAUAAAAACCAUUUCCAGAGGAACAAUAAAGCAAUCACAGAGGGUCGCGACAAGCUGCGCAGCGCAUCCAUUAUUGGAACGUGGGUGGUUCACACACCUUCCCGCGAACCUUCAUCUUCAUCUUCAUCUUCCAGUCGGCGGUAUUUCCAGGAACCAGACUCCAUCUUCCUGCCACUACUUCCAUCCGUCUCCUCGCUUUCUUGCUCCCUUUCUUCUUCUGGGUAUUUGCUCAUUAAUCCAUCGAUUUGAUCCAAAUCCCCCCUUUUAUUGUCUCGCGUCCCCAGAUUCUCAUCGUUUCCGUCUUACUUUGGCUGCUCGCAAUCCAUUUCAGUGAAAUCUGAGAAAUUCUUCUCGAACCCCAUGACGAGGUUUGCGGCUUUUCCCGUUGUUUCCCCCCUUUUUCGUGUUCUUCCCGAUUAUCUACUCCCCUGCUGUUGAUUUUUUCUGUGUUUAAGUGUUCCUAGCUGAUUUAAUUUCAGAACCCACAAAUUUUAGCAGUGUAUGUGCAUCAUAUGUUUUGAUUUUCUGGAUUAGGUCUUUAGCUUAAAGACUCGAUUUUGGGCUAUUACAUUAUUUAGCGUUCUUCCGUGUUGAACUCUUGAUGGUAUGGGGGAUUGUCAGCCAGUAAUGGAAGAGGAAGAAAACCUGAUUGCCGCCCUGCAACACAUCGCCAAUUCGCUGGGGGCUAAGAGGAAUUUGACUGAAGAUGCCAGGAAGAAACUAGCAGAUCUGGGCAUUCAGCUGGCCUCCAUAACUAGGGCCAACACAGAGGACAACUGUGUUGAUCAUCAGGAGGAUGGGGUUAGUGAGUACGAGGAGCAGCUAAACGCUUUGCAGGCCAAGAUCAUGAGCUGGGAUGGAAAUCCCUCCCUCUUAUGGGACUGUGGGGCUGAAGAGGCCUAUGGGUAUCUGAGAUCUGUGGACGAAGCUCGAAAGCUAGCUGAAAAGCUGGAGAGUUUAUGCCCAGAGAAGGACGGCAGGGAGGCUGAUCUUCUUAGGAGGGUUCAUGAUGUUCUUCAGACUGCAAUGACUAGGCUGGAAGAUGAGUUCAUGCAUUUGCUGGUCAACAACAGGCUUCCCUUUGAGCCGGAACACAUGUCUUUCCGUUCCACCGAAGAGGACACGGCAGACGGGAGCUCCAUCAUCUCCUUCGGGGAGGAGUCCGUUGACGACGGGGCCCACAGGGACAGCAUGAGCCGCAGCUCGGAGGAUUACGUCAUAGAGCUCGUCCACCCGGACGUGAUCCCGGACCUGAAAUGCAUUGUGAAUCUGAUGUUCGAUUCGAAUUACGGGCGCGAGUGCAGCCAGGCGUUCAUCAGUGUCAGGAGAGACGCGCUGGACGAUUGCCUCUUUACCUUAGAAGUUGAGCAGCUGAGCAUUGAGGAUGUGCAGAGGAUGGAGUGGAGCUCAUUGAACUCCAAGAUGAGGAGGUGGGUCCGGGCGUUCAAGAUCUUCGUGCGGAUCUACCUGGCCAGCGAGAAGUGGCUCGCCGACCAGAUAUUCAGCGAGACGGGGCCCGCGGGCCCCGUUUGCUUUGUGGAGUCGUCGAAAGCCUCGCUCCUGCAGCUCCUGAAUUUCGGCGAGGCCGUGUCCAUCGGCCCGAAAAAGCCCGAACGGCUUAUUCGGGUCCUGGACAUGUACGAGGUCCUAACGGACCUCGUACCCGAGAUCGAUUCAUUAUACUUCGACGAUGCCGGGUCGUGCGUGAGGGCCGAGUGCCGCCACGUCCUCGCGAGUUUGGGCGCUUGCGCGAAAUCCACAUUUCUUGAAUUCGAAAACGCCGUCGCGGCCAACGCGUCCGCGAACGCCUUCCCCGGCGGCGGGGUCCACCCCAUCACAAAGUAUGUGAUGAACUACAUGAGGGCCCUCAUGGAUUACAGUAGAGUCCUCAACGGGCUUCUCAAGGACGAAGAAAGGGAGGACCCGGUAACGGAUUCGCCCGACACGAGCCCGUCGAGCGAAGAUGAUGUCAUCCGUGGAAGCCCCUCCAUGGCUUACCACUUCCAGUCCUUCAUUUCAACUCUGGAGUCCAACUUGGAGUCCAGGUCAAAGAUGUACAAGGAUGAAGCUCUGAAACACCUCUUCUUGAUGAACAAUCUCCAUUACAUUGCAGAGAAGGUGAAGAAGAGCUCAGAGCUGAUGACAGUUCUGGGGGACAACUGGAUCCGGAAGUGCAUCGGAAAGUUCCAGAAGCACGCGAGGAGUUACGAGAGAGCCACUUGGAGCUCCAUACUGUACCUGAUCCGGGAUGAAGCGAUUCUGAAUCCCGGGUCGAAUUCGGUCUCCCGAACUCUCCUCAAAGAACGGCUGCACAGCUUCUACAUGGCCUUCGAAGAGGUUUAUAAGAACCAGACCGGGUGGUCCGUGCCGGACCGGCAGCUCCGCGAUGACCUCAUCAUCACCACGUCGCUGACGGUGAUCCAGGGGUACCGGACGUUCGUGGGGCGGCACGCGUCUAAUAUAAGUGACAAGCAUAUCAAGUACAGUGCUGAUGACCUUGAAAACUACUUGCAGGAUCUGUUUGAAAAAACUCCCAAGUCAUUGCAUGGCUCUCACAGGAAGUGAUGGAGAAGAAGAUGGAACAGAUGCAGAGAAAUGGCAGUAAUAGAAUUUUUCUUACCCAUUUUAUUGCCAUUUUUCUUAUGUGAUCAUAUAGUGUUAUAAUUGGUGUGGUAAUUUCUUACCAAGUUUAAUGUUGUUUUUUACCUGUAGCCAAGUUUUUGCAUCAUUUGGUGUGAUUGUUUGUUUGUAUGUACAACUAUUUGUUAAGCCAUUUUUACUAGUGUAAUAUUCUUGGGUGUCAACAAAUGGAUGUCCUGAAU